GAUACAAGCGUUUGAUUAACAGCAAAAUUGUAUCCAUUUUUCCAGCCAUUUUGAAAUCAUUUGCGUGUACUUUCCAAAAUUGAAGAUCAUUAAAAAUGAUCAAAAAAGGUUUCGCCCAUCCACAUAUUUGGGAAAACUUAAGUGAAAUCCAAUCAGUUGGUCAGGCACUCCCCACAAACAGUUUUAUACACAGGUACUAUAUACGAUUUUGAGUACCUAGGUAAGCUGCAAGUUGAGUCACGUAAGCAAGUUGGCAGGCCAAUUGACCGACUCCUUACCUGGCUGCUAUAUAAGCUAGUUAACUCUGGCAAAGAGUCAGCAUUCGCAUUUGGAAAUGGACAACGACAACAGCAACAAGAACAAGUCGCAGCUGUUGAUGUUCCGCACCCCGUUGGACGCACAGAGUCAACUUUUCAUCUUCAAUUCACCGAUCGAAUAUGCGGAUCAGCAGCUGAUUGUGUAUCAAUAUCCUGGCAUGCCGAAUGGCGAAAGUGGCUAUUGUGUUGUCUACAAACGGGAUCAUUACAUCAUCAAUAAUCCACCAAAUUAUCUGAGUCCCACAAAGCGCAGUUUCCUCAACGAGUGCAUACGACAAUUGUAUCUGAUUAAUGGCCUCGCCCACAAACUGCACUGGGCUCCAAGUGCAACGUUGAGCAAUCGCCUGGAGCUGUGGCAACAGGUGGACAUUUGCCUGAAGCCAGAGCGAGUCUGUCCGAAAGAUGCCAGUCUGCAGCGAGUGAAGCGACAACUGUUCCGUGAAUCCCAACGGCUGCGCAAAACUAAACCCCGUGUCCGUGGCCAGCUGUGGGGCACACAGGUGUUUAACUUUCGGCAUAUGCGUCAGAAGAUUGGACGCCAGCACAUACGUCGUGGGUAUUUGGGUGUGGCAAGGAAAAUGGUGAUCGAACAACUAAUUCGAGAAAAUAUCAGACGUGAAAUAAUCGAAACGCCAUCGGUAUGCCAGAACGUCAUCAGUGCUGCUGACGGCAUCUUCAAUGUCAAUGCCAGUUUAAUCAAUGAGAUAUGUAGCUAUCAUCGCAACGGGUCACGUCAUCAGCCGGCGGUGGAGAGUCGCCUCAGUGCUGCCGAGCUGAGAUUGCGGAAUAACGAGGCAUGUCGCCUGACGCAGCGUGCCAAGCGCCUGGAGGCCAUGUUCAUCCAUGAGCAGGUGCGUCGCGCUGCCCAGAAUCAUCAGCUCAUACUGGAGGAGUCGGUGCGUUCCAUCUUCUAUGCCAAGGAGCUGUUUCGCCUAGUCGAGGAUCACGAGGAAUUUGUCUACACGGACAAUCAAAUUCUGGAGCGUGGAUGUUGUUAGGUUUUCACUGUUUUAUUUAGUCUCCACAAUGCACAUGUAAAAAUAUAUAUAUAUUUUUAGACAUA